AUGGAGACUCAUCCACUCUUCUACAGAUUUAUGGGUGCAAAUUCUGAAAUGCAAAUUCAUAAUCCAAAAUAUCCUCUGUGUAAUGCUUAUCCUAAUCCCAAUCUACCUGUAGCUGAAUUCAUUAAUCAUGAUGAUAAAACAUGGAAUGUUGGUUUAGUCCAAGCUUUUUUCACUAGAGAAAACUGUCAAAAAAUUCUGCAACUUGGGUUACCUAUAUCUGGCGAGUACAGAAUAGUUUGGCCCUUCACUAAGUCUGGUUCUUUCACUACGAAGUCUGCGUAUAAGCUAUUAGCAGGUGAACUCCCUGACCCUAAUGUCCCUAGUUACCCCAUUUACAAAAUUAUUUGGUCUUUCCCUGUCAUACCUAAAGUCCAAUUAUUCAUUUGGAAAUGUUUCGAAAACAUCUUUCCAUCUAAAGUCAGACUUUCUAGGUAUGCUCCUAGUCAAGAUAUUAGUUGCAGUAUGUAUGAUUCUGGCUUACCGGAAAGUGCAGAACAUUUAAUCCUUAACUGUAGCUAUUCAAGAGAUGUUUGGGCUAAUGUUCCGAAUGGUAGCAUUAUUCUAUCUGAUGCAGGUACUAGCAUUUCUAUCCAAGAAUGGAUCCAAAAGUGGUUCGAAAGUGGGCGGAGUAGAGAUUUUCUAUGCUCCAUCUUCACCGCUGCUUGGUGUCUAUGGAGAGAAAGGUGCUUCAGGAUGUUCCAAGAUCAACAACUAAAUCAUUUGCAUACUUCUAGAAUGGCUGUCAAUCUCUACCAUGAUUCCAUGAACUACUUAAAUGCCAAUUCUAGCCAAAAUCCCCACCCUACAAGAACUGAUUUAUCCCCACCCUCUAACUCUGAUCUCCCCCACAAUUGCGUGUUGGUGUAUUGUGAUGCCCCUUAUGAUAAAAAUUCUAAUCAAACUGGCAUUGGUAUUCUUGUUACUGACAUUGCACGCAGCUAUCAAGGGUGCAAAUUAAUCAAUGGGAAGGCCAGAAAUCCAGAAGAAGCGGAGAGCAUGGCUGUGUUCGAAGCGCUGAAGUGGCUGAAAAACAAGAAUCAUGUCAGCAUUUGUGUCAGGAAUGAUGCAAAGAAUGUGAUGGAAUAUCUUCUCAAUAAUAAAAACCAAACUAGUUAG